AACCGUUUAAAUGUCUGUCGGCCCUCUUAGGCGUCAGUCGUCGAACAUAUCGCGACUUUUGCCRGUCCGCUCGCGUACCAUCGUGCGAAUUUAACGUAACGACAACGACGACGACAUCGCGUCGGAUCAACACCGACAAACGUAGUGGCGCCAAAGCGAAAUCGUAAAUAAUUUUCAAGGACGAUGUCAGCGACGGUAAUAUUAUAAACAUUUUACGGAAACCACAAGAGGUGCUAUUAAGGCGUAUCAUCAUAUUAAAUACAAGAAAUAUACGUGACUUUGUCUGUUGUCAUGCAAUGGUGAUGUCAACAUCGUCGUUGAAAUACACAUUUUCAGUGUCCCGUGGCGGAUAGGACGGCGGCGCCAUCAUGGCCGAGAACGACGGCGAGACGGCGGCCACGCCGUGGAACGCCACCGACGCUGCGGCCGCUACGCAGUGGAACGGGACCGGCGCCGCGGACGGGCUGUCCUGUCACUCCGAGAUCGAAGGCGCACUGGGCACGGCCGCGUUCCAAACGCUCGUCUACCUGACGUACACGAUCGUGUUCGUCGUGUCGCUGGUCGGCAACGGGCUGGUGUGCCACGUGGUCCUGUUCUCCACGCAGAUGCGCUCGGUCACCAACCURUUCAUCAUGAACAUGGCCGUCGGCGACCUGCUCAUGACGCUGUUCUGCGUGCCGUUCUCGUUCGUCGCCACGCUGCUGCUCCAGUACUGGCCGUUCGGCAGCGACUUGUGCCACACCGUCAGCUUUGCUCAGGCGGUCGCCGUGCUGGUGAGUGCAUACACGCUGGUGGCAAUUAGCGUCGACAGGUACAUUGCAAUUAUGUGGCCACUGAAACCAAGAGCCAGCAGACAUCAAGCCAAAUACAUAAUAGCAUUAGUCUGGACUGUGGCCGUGAUUACAGCUUUUCCGAUCCUCCUGGUUACGACAUUGGAACAGCCGUCGUAUUGGCAUCAGGAAUGCGGAUUCUAUAUUUGCAACGAGAAAUGGCCAAGUGAGAACGUCCGACAUUAUUAUAAUGUGGCUUUGUUGGUGCUUCAGUAUUGCAUACCAUUCGCCGUUUUACUAUUUACAUAUGUCAACAUCGGUGUGGUGGUAUGGGGCAAAAGGACUCCGGGCGAGGCGCAAAACUCCAGAGACGUCAGGAUGGCCAAGUCGAAGAGAAAAAUGAUAAAAAUGAUGGUCACCGUGGUCAUAGCGUUCACGGUUUGUUGGCUGCCGUAUAAUAUCCUUCUGGAUCACCAAACCAAAUGUAUUCAAUUAAUACGUUUAAAAUCUAAAACUGCAGAAGAAGUUGCACAUCACUUAUUAAAUAUAUUUCUUAUUUUCGGAGCGCCAAAUAUUUUACAUUCCGACAAUGGACGAGAGAUCGUAAAUAAAGUUAUAUCAGAGCUGUGUUCAAUGUGGUAUGGUGUGAAAAUUUUGCAUGAAAAUAAAGGAAGUGAUGAAAAUGAAAUAGAGGAAGAGUCUAACGGUAAAAUCGACGAUAAUCUUGAAUUCUUGACUCAAGAUUAUCGAAAGAUUGUCAAGAUUCUUGAAUAUCAUGCAAAUAAUGAUGAAGAUAAGCUCAGCGAUAAAAGUGAUGACAAAAACCAAAAUGAAUUAUUAAGCAUGAAGGAGAAUACAAUUAAGAAUAGAGCUUUGGCACUAAAUGGACUUCAAACACAAGCAAGUGUAAUGCUGCGAUCGUCGAACCAAAAAUUUCCGCCUGCUCACGUGGGUUAUACUGUUCGAGUGCGUGUUCCAGAUAUCGAUCGAGGACGUAUGGAUUACCAAAAUAUCUUGGCUGUUGUAAUGGACGUUGAUAAUGACUUCUACAAAUUAGGAACAAAAUAUGGGAUUAUCAGUCAGCUGUACACUCGAAAUCAAUUUGCAGUGUGCAAAGAAAAAUUGAUAUCGUUAAAYGACAAGACAAUGUCUUUGAGACAGGUAUCGACAGCUGCUUCCAAAAGUGGUGGCCAAGGUUAUAUACGAUGCAAUUGUAAAAAAAAAAUGUAA